AUGAAUUGGUUAUUAUUACUUUGUUCUUUUGUUUUUACUGCAGUUGCAUUGCCCUUUGAGGAUGUGAUUAUUCUCGAAAAUGAUGGACCUACAAAUGAAGAAGGGGCCUCGGUAGCAAGGACGUUGGUUAAUAGAGAAUCACUCGCAAAUGUAGCUACAAUUAAAACCUGGAAACUGGAAAAUGGCAAAACAAGGCAUUUGCCCGUUGUCAACAUGGAAUAUUAUGCCGACUGCGACGAAGAUGGUGAUCCAUAUUGGUUAGUUAUCGAUGUUGGUGGUGCUAAUCAAAAUAUCAUUAAAGGACUGCCAUUCAGUUUUGCAAUUAGAGAUGGGGACCAUCCAGAUUGGGACAAAGUUGCGUCCAAUUAUCCUGGGAAACGUGAAGGAUCUAAUGCCGGCUCCCCACGAGUUCAAUUGACUGGUAAGUUGGAAUAUGUGAAUUUUUUUAAUCCAUUGGACCCCCGCAGAAUAAAGUUGGAGAAAUGCUUUCUUCAAAGACACCCAGAUUCAUCAUUAUGGCUUCCUGGAUCAGUUGUUUCUCCGCACAAGUCACAUUGGGUGAAACUUAAAGUUGAUGGUGUGUAUAUCAUUGGUGGAUUUGGUGACACAGCUUAUAUUGGAGACAUUGAGCCAGAAUUGUAUCAUGCUGCAGAGAUCAUACCACCUUCAGACGGUGAAGAGUUGAAGAGGAGAGUGAAAAAAGACUGA